AAGAUAAGACUCCCUCCAUCUCCCAACGAGAAAGAGAGAACGAGAAAGUUGAAAAUAGCGUCAUAAGUUUCAACCGUCGUCAUCGCCAUCUUUGGUUCUCUUCCUUUUUUUCUCCUUUCAUUCCACAUUCUCUCUGUUCUUGUUUAUUUCUUAUCUGUCCACAUACAUAAAAAAAGAAAAGAAAAGAAAAACACCAUGAGCGAGGAACUUCUUGACUUUAACGCAGAGCGCGUGGAUCGCCAAAUGGCAGACUUGUUAGACUCCUUCGAAUCCCACCCACGCAUGCAACCACCAAACGUAAACCCAACCAUCUUCUUCCUCUUCGACUUCGUCCGCAACACCCACCGACAGCUGAAGACGAUCGAUUUGGAAAGCGUCCGUGCGGGAGACACGACCGCGCGCCAGCAGGUGACUGAGGUGUUGGCGCGGAAUCGGUUCGCGAAUGAAUUGAUUAAUGAUAAGACGGGCAAGUUGGCCAUGAUGACGGGUGAUGAUCCGAGGAAUCCGGUCGAUUUGGGUCCGGAUAUUAAGGCGAAGGCGCAGGCUUUGUUGCAGGUUUGAAUGAAGUAUUGUUAUAUUCGAUUUAUGCAGAACGGACCAAAAAAGAUUGGGGGAGGGGGGGAAAGAUGAAGACAGACAAUCCUCCCCAGUAUAUGCUUGUAUUGUCAUGUUAUGUCAUGUCAUGCUUCCGACUGAAAAUGGAUCUUCAGGUCGUGGAUUGACAGAAGCAGAACAGAAGCAAAGGAAGAAGAAGAAGCUUCUUUUUGAUAAUCGCUGAGCGCUAGCCAAACGAUAUAUCAUACUAUAGUAGUUACCACGAACAAGUCCAGGAAGAGCGGGCUGCUCAGAGCCAGACAAUGUAGAUACAUAAACUAUCA